AUGGUAAAAAAUAUAUCAGUAAAUAAUUCAAAUAAAGCAAGUAUAACUCUCCAAGAAUUAUUGGAGCAACAUUUUGGUAAAGACCAAGUAAAAGUAAUGAACAAUUACAAUUAUGCUAACCGCCAUUCUCUUUUUUAUCCUCGGAAUAAUUACUGGUGGACUCAUGGUCCAGGCUAUCCCACUUAUGGCAUUGAAAUAGCAGGAAAUAGCAAAGAUCCAGUAGUCUUAAUUCAAGAUUUCUUAACUUGGGACGGAAUUGAUGUUUUUCAGUAUCAAGUCAAGCCCCAGUUAGUAAUUUGCAAUCCUCCUUUUAAUGGCUACGGCCAGAAACUAGGCUCCGAAGUCUGGUUAGACAAAAUAAUCGAAUUAUUCGGCAAAGAAAUCCCACUAGUGCUGUUUUGUCCGGCUGGAUUCCGGUUAAACCUGACUCUGAAAAGCAAAAGACGCAGCAAAUUUGCUAAUGAAGAUGAUUAUCUUCGUGAAAUCAGUGAAGAAAACCGCCAUAUUAAGACUGUUCCCUAUAUCGGCACGAGAAUUAGAUUUAACUUAGGCCAUAAUCAUUAUCUAUUUCUUAAAGAUGAUGAUGAAUUAGGAACCAGAAAAACAGUUUGUUAUAUCAAACCCUUAGCCAAUGGCGAAUAUAUUCAUUAUGAGAAAAAACUUGUUUCGGCUUAUUUAACCCAAAAACAACGCCAACGCCGCCUAAAAAUCAAGGACCAAAUUACACAGCAAACUCAAUCCCAAUUUGAUAAAUAUUACGAGGCUAGUAGUAUUAAGGUUUUAAUAACUUUUGCCGAAUAUACGGAAUUAAAGAAAGGCAAAAAAUUAUGGUCGGACUUCUCGCACACACUCCAUGCUAUCCAAGCCGGCGUCAGCAGCAUAGUGGAAAUUAUGAAGUUGCGAGAAAUUGCCGAGAAUCUUAUUAAGGAUUAUUGA